AACAGCUUCGGGGUCUCACCUACCCACUCCUCGUUUCUUCUUCAAACAAAUGUUUUAGCUUCCUAAUCCUUCCCCUACCAAACCACAAUAAACCAAUCUCGUCUCAUCCAUGGCGUGCACCACAAACGCCUUCUCUCUUUCCCUCUCUUCCAACCCCAACACCAAAUUAUCAUCCGACCUCAACCCCAAGUUUAAUAAACCCCUCACCGUCACCCUCCGCAGUUCCGGUACCGGUGAGCUGAUUCUGGGCCGACUUUCUCACUCCAGACUCAGUCAACUCGGUCGCAGGAUCUGCGCCAAUGCGACUCAGGUGAUGGAUCAGUCUGUUGGUGAAAGGAGCUCCGCAGGCCCCGCGAUUGUUGAGGUGGAUUUGGGUGAUCGUAGCUACCCGAUCUACAUCGGGUCCGGGUUGCUUGAUCAGCAUGAGCUUCUUCAAAAGCAUGUUCACGGGAAGAAGGUUCUUGUGGUAACUAACACUACGAUUGCUCCUUUGUAUUUGGAUAAAGUCGUUGAUGCAUUAACAAGAGGAAACCCGAAUGUUUCUGUUGAAAAUGUGAUUUUACCUGAUGGAGAGAAGCAUAAAAACAUGGAAACUCUCAUGAAAGUUUUUGACAAGGCCAUCGAAUCCCGAUUGGACAGGAGAUGUACAUUUGUUGCUCUUGGAGGCGGUGUGAUUGGGGAUAUGUGUGGUUUCGCUGCUGCAGCUUUCCUUCGUGGUGUUAACUUUAUCCAGAUUCCUACUACUGUUAUGGCACAGGUGGAUUCUUCGGUCGGGGGUAAAACUGGCAUAAACCAUCCUCUUGGUAAAAACUUGAUUGGUGCUUUCUACCAACCUCAAUGUGUGCUUGUAGACACGGACACAUUGGACACAUUGCCAGACAGGGAACUGGCUUCGGGUCUGGCGGAGGUUAUAAAAUAUGGGCUCAUCAGAGAUGCUGAGUUUUUUGAGUGGCAGGAAAAGAAUAUGGGAAAACUGAUGGCGAGGGAUCCUGAUGCACUGGCUUAUGCUAUAAAACGAUCAUGCGAAAACAAGGCUGAGGUUGUGUCAUUAGACGAGAAAGAAAGUGGAUUGAGGGCUACACUGAACUUGGGACAUACGUUUGGUCAUGCAAUAGAAACUGGAUUUGGUUAUGGAGAGUGGCUUCAUGGAGAAGCUGUUGCAGCUGGCACGGUUAUGGCUGUUGACAUGUCACAUCGACUCGGGUGGAUUGACAGUUCAAUCGUUAAACGGGUUAAUGACAUUUUACUGCGGGCUAAGUUACCUACUGCUCCUCCUGAAACCAUGACUGUGGAAAUGUUCAAGUCGGUCAUGGCGGUCGAUAAGAAGGUAGCUGAUGGACUACUUAGGCUUAUCCUUCUGAAAGGUCCCCUCGGAAAUUGUGUUUUCACCGGCGAGUAUGAUAGAAAGGCCCUCGACGAUACACUCUCUGCAUUUUGCAAGUCCUAGAUCCAGGUUUUAAAAGGUCUUAGUGGUCAUGCUUGCUAAUACCUUUUGUUGUACUGUGUCUCUACUCUAGGAUUAUUUAUUUUCUUGAGCUCCAUUGUCGAAAGGGCUCGUACCAAGUUGUAAUGCCAGUAUUUAUGGCACUGA